UUAAAAAACGCUGUCAACUGUGCAACACGGUCAGGUGUGGUGUUUACUAAAGGUAUGCAGUAUGUCGCAAAUCGAGUGAAGCGCACACGACAUUAUGGUGUUUCCAGUGGUGAUAGUCGGGAGCCCACAGUUUACUUAAAAAAAUUUAAUCAUGCAACCGGGCUACUAAGCGCUUAGUACAGGUGGCCUAUGUCACCCAUUCAUAUAGGCGUAAUACCCUUUUCCAAAAAAAAUUUACCGCAAAUUCGGUUUGAAUGAAAAACACAGAUACCAGGCUGCCGUUACCCUGUCCAGCUAAAACAAAUACUCUGCAAUUUCAUUUUAAAUAAUAAGUGUUUACAAAAAGAAAUUUGCGAAAUUCAUCGUCAGUUUAUCAUCCUAAAACCUUUAUAUCAGCACUUUUUCUGUGACGUCAUUAGAAGUUUGAUAUCUGUCUAAUACACCACUAUCUGCUUAGAAUUCAAUUACUUACGUUCUAGAGCGAAUUUUUACAGUCUGUUUAAAAUUUCUGACAGCCAACUAAAAGUUCUUUAACAUAUUUUCCAGUUGGUCAGGAUUGAAUUUCGUGACUUUAAACAAGAGAUGAAGCCAGAGAUAGCUGGAAAAUGCAUCGAUGGAGAAAGCGUGCGCAACGACAGAGACAGAAGUGGUUCGUGGACGUUCUAACAAUGAUUAUUUGUUUUUAUUAUACGAAGAUUACCUUUAAAGUGGAUACUGUUUUAUUUAGGAAACUGAAGAUCAGUCGAGAUUGUAUGUCAAAUCGACUCGACAGAACUGAGUCCGUCUGUAAAUAUUCAAAUGCAACAAUCUGCAACAUCUUACUCAGAUAUAUUUUUUGUCACAAUACCGUGAAGAUUAGUGUGUUUUCUCAGUGCACUCUUCAUCGCAGAUAAUGAUACUGCGAACCCUUCAGAUGCUCUUAAAUAUUAUUAAAAAGAGAGUGUUUAAAGUUGUUGAAUCAAAACUUGACAUUUCUAUAAAAAAAUGUUUAACCUCAAUGCGAUGCCUUUAUACUGUAUAUAUUGUUUUUUCAUUAGAUGUUUCAAGGGUUAUUGUUUAUUUUUAUUAGAAAGUACUUUCCAAGUUGGACAACAAUGAAGAAGCACUAAUCAUCGUACUGUCAUUUUUAAAACAAGUUUAGUUUGAAAAACGAUACACGUAUUAUUAUUCUGUUAAACUCUAGAAUUAUUUCGUUAAACAAAAUGGACGAGCAAAAACACUUGCAAUCAAGCGGGAUGUUUGCGAGAUACGUUGACGUGGGAAAAGGAAGCUUAGAGAAGAUUCAAAAAGCAUGGAAAAAAGAAAAACAGGUCAUUUUAAUCAUUCUUGCUGUUGUUUUUGGAGUUAUGGUAGGAUUGCUGUCUAAUGAGCAGAUCCAAAACACAAGCGAACCUGCGAGAUCACACAUUCUACUCUUUCUCGGCUUUCCUGGUGAAAUAUUUAUGAGGAUGAUGAAGCUGCUAAUUCUACCUCUAAUUGUAACGAGUUUAAUCGUAGGAUUAGCUGAACUCGAUCGGAAAUCCUCUGGCAUUCUAGGAAGACGAGCUCUGCUGUACUAUCUCAGUACAACUGCUUUAGCGGUUGCACUUGGGAUUGUACUGGUAAUGGCGAUUCAACCGGGAAAUCAAGUCGAACAACUUGAAAUUUCGAAAACAAAACGGAUUAAGGCAAGAACAAUGGACACGAUAUUGGACUUAUUCAGAAAUAUGUUCCCUGAAAAUCUAGUUCAAGCCUGUUUCCAAAGGAUGCAAACCACUUCUGUUCUCGUGAAAGCCAAUGUAAGAAACGAAAGUGUUCUUACUGGCAUUAAUUCCUCAUACAGAUUUCAAAGUGGUACCUCAGUUACCACAAGGUACAACUCCUCUCAUAAUAUAACAUAUGUGGAGAAUUUUGAUAUGGUAGAAAUAGCCGGAAAGCGUGUGCAUCGUGCCGGUACAAAUAUUCUUGGAAUCGUUUUUAUCUCGAUUACACUUGGAAUUGUCUUGAGUGGAAUGAGAGCGAAGGGAAAAGAAUUUAUCGCUUGGUUCAGCACGCUUAAUGACGUCAUCAUGAAAUUAGUUAGCGCUGUGAUGUGGUAUUCGCCAAUUGGUAUAUGGAGCUUACUUGCAAGUCAAUUUGCCUCCAUGCAUGACGUAACAGGGACGUUUGAAAGUCUUGGUUUAUACUUAGGAACAAUUUUGACAGGAUUAAUAAUUCAUUCGUGCCUCUUCCUACCUCUUAUUUACUUCGUCUUUACGCGAGAUAAUGUUUUAAACUUUUACAAAGGAAUAUUUAAAGCCUUGCUAACUGCAUUUGGGACGGGAUCCAGUUCUGCAACCUUACCAGUCACAUUAUCGUGUCUGGAAGAAAACAUCAAAAUAGAUAAGAGAGUUACUAGGUUCAUAUUACCAGUAGGGGCCACGAUCAACAUGGAUGGAACUGCCUUAUACGAAGCUGUGACAGCUAUAUACAUUGCGCAAGCAACAAAUUAUGACUUGGAUUUUGGACAGUACAUUGCAAUAAGUUUGAUUGCUAUUCUAGCUUCAAUUGGAGCUGCUGGAAUCCCUCAAGCUGGAUUGAUAACUAUGCUUGUCGUUCUGCAAACAGUCGGACUGCCCAUUGAAUCACUGACUUUAAUAAUAUCUGUUGACUGGUUUCUUGAUCGAGUGCGAACAGUAGUAAAUGUUAUAGGAGAUUGUAUCGGCGCCGGCAUUAUUGCUCACCUAAGUCAAGAUGAUCUCAGCAAAAUAAAUGUUUUAAAGGAGUUUGAUGAACACGUUGAAUCGCUUGAACUUGGUAUGAGGAACCGAAGUUUUGUAAACAGUUUUCAUACGCUGAAUAUACAUGACGAUUAAGAAAGUUUUUUGUUUUGUUGAAAAUUAUAUUCCGACGAAAUUUGGUCCGCUUGAUAGGUAUUUUCGUUAUAUAUUUAGCUACGUGCGCCUAAGAUAGAAUACUCCUUAUUUUGUAGAUUUUAAUGUUUAGUGAAUAGUUUAAAUAUGUUGAAUAUACCUGACGAUUCAGUAUGAACAUAAGUUUCACUGUAUCAUUUAAAGCAUAUAUAA